AUGAAUAUGGAUGAUGGUGAUGGCAAGGAGGCUGCCCAAGUCUCCGCAGCAUCAUCUACCUCGUCAAACAUCUGGGACGAUCUCGAACUGCCCGACCUGCCUGGCAUGCCCAGCGAGCUGUCGGACCAUGCCCCUGCCUACCUCAUUGACUCUGGCCAGCAUCUCGAGGCCAUCAACACCUCCCCCGUCUCCAACGAAGCACAGACGCUCAUCGGUCAGCUUGAUAACACGUCUCUUAUCAACCCAACCUUGCUCCCCUAUUCGUGGAUGAUCGAAAACCCAGGACGCGAGGCGACUCUUCUCAGUGCCGGCAGGUCAUCUCGUCCACCUCCGACAAUGUACACUGCGAGAGGCGAGCUCGAGGUGGAGGAUCUCAUGAAGGCGACUGUCUUUGACCCUGAGCACUACUUCUUCCUUACCAGCGCGUUCAGGUGCAUUAUGAACUGCCGAGGCCUCAAAUACAUCACGGAGCAGACCGCCGCGUCCACCAUCUGCCGCCUCUUUGAAAAGUACCCCCAGUUCUGGAUCGUCUACCACCGAUACUACAUCCCCAAGCAAUUCAGGUUCAUCCCCUUCCCCCAGAAGCGACGGAUCCGCGGCAGGGCGGCGUUCCAAAGCCGCAGACCGCGAAAACAGCACGGGGAGGAGCAAGAGGAAGACGUCAGAUACCGCCAGCACAUGGCCAUCUUCAAGAAGAUCACGGCGUACCUCGACCCCAAGCUGCGCUCGGACGGUCUGCUGUGGUACAGGGCGACGGCUCGCAAGGUGCCGGAGGACGUGUAUGCAGAGGAUGGGAUGGUCUUUUCAGCGGGAUUCAUGCGGCGGAGGGGCCCUGCAUGGCCUUUUUCUGGGGUUGCUGCUAAGGACGCGGACAGGCUGGGAUUGCAGAAGGGGAUUGGUCGGCCUGAAUGGAUGGUUUUGGAGUGA